AUGCACCAACGAAACAAACGAGAAACAGACGGAAUCCAUGCAACUCUCAGUGAGGAGCAAAUCCGAUUGCUGGACAAAAUUGAUUUUCCAUGGACACCAAGAAGGCAUAGGCUUCAGACGGCAUGGAAUGCAAAGUAUCAGGAACUUACCGACUUCUACGAGGAACAUGGGCACGUGAGGAUGAAACGUGGAACUAGUUUGUAUUGGUGGACUGUCGUCCAACGUAGAAAGCGUGCGGGCAUCCAGCAGUAUGUACCCCUCACGAUGGAACAAAUCCGACUGUUGGACAAGAUCAACUUUACCUGGAACCCAAAGGAGGACAAACAAGAACGCUUACGGGCCAUGUGGCAAGCAAAGUACCGACAUCUUGCUGAAUUUUACAAUAAGCAUGGCCAUCUGAAGGUGAAAUAUGGAAGCGGCCUCUAUACUUGGAUGGCCAAUCAAAGACAGAGGCGAGUUGGAAAGGGAAACCUCGCCACGCUCACUGACGAACAGGUCCGGCUGCUAGAUGAGGUUGGGUUCUCAUGGGCUCCGACAGGAGGUCCUCAUGAGACUGCCUGGCACACCAAAUACCGAGAAUUGGCCAAUUUUUACAAACAACAUGGGCAUACGAAUGUUACGGCACCAGGUAGUCUGUAUACUUGGACGGUCAAUCAACGUCGACGGCAAAUUGGAAAGGGAGACUGCGUACCACUGAAUGACGAACAAAUUCGAUUGUUGGAUGAUAUCGGGUUUCCGUGGGCUCAAAAAGCAUGA